CCUAUGUUUAAAUAAUAAAUAAUGUGCCCACUUUUUAAUAGUUUUAGGGUUAUUUAACGAAGUAAAGUUCACAACAGAUAGCUACGUAUGUUUGAAACCUGUAAUGACACCUGUUGUAGCUUUCUGUAAAGAAAAUAGACUAUCACAUUCAUUCAGACGCUAUCAAAACAUUGCUGGCUUAGCUCUUACGAGGAAAUGAAAUUGAAAGUAGUUUCUUCUUAGUUCUAAAUAUGGCUUCAAACUAUGAGGACGUAUCAGAUAAGAGUGUGUCAGAUUUCAGCGACACUGACACAGAUUCACAGUCAAAUUUUGAUUCGGAUUCGGAUUCAGCAUCACCACAGCAGGUCUGCAUAUACUACAACAAAGGCCACUGUCGCAAAGGCACAAAGUGUCCAGACCUGCACGUGUGCAAGUACUCUUUGAAAGGCAAUUGUCGCUAUGGUGCCAGCUGUCGCCGCAGUCAUAUCGCGAGCCCCAACUGCCCAUCUGCACAGACAAAUCAAGAGAAGAGGAGCCGUGGCAGGAAGACUCAAAGUCACAGAGAACGCAGUCGCAGCUCCUCAUCUGACAGUGAUACAGACAGAAGCAAGCCCUAUAGAUGGCAGUUGGAUUUGGGCAACGGCUGGGAGGAUGUAGCCAAUGAUUAUGUCCUGGAAGCUCAGUUCUCACGACCUAACACUAAAGGCAUCAGGAUCUACAACACUCCCUGUGGUGCUCUGUCUAUCGACUUUACGAGUAUGCGCAUCUUGAAGAAGGGCAACCUGCGAGUCAGACGCAAAGGCUCCCGACAUAGUGAUUGGCUGUGGUAUUACCGAGGCGACCACGGCUGGUAUCUGUAUGGCAAGAAGGAUGCAAAGGGGAACGUCAGUCCAGUCAGUAGCACCAAGCUGGAAAGCGAAUUCCAGAAGGACCCGCGUGGCACUGUUCACUUCACCAUCAACUCCACCAACUAUGAGAUAAGAUUUAAAAACAUGCAUCAGAAAAACCUGUCCACAGGCCACAACAGGAGGAUCAGAAGGCGUCCAAAAUAUGUUUCACCUCAGGUUGGAGGAGUGAAUACAGUGACAAAUAUGUUUAAGUCAAUGUGGCCAUCUUCAUCUAAGAAGACUCCUCUAUGGCAGUUCAGUGGGAGAGGAGGAAACUGGCAUAGUUUCACAGUGCGAGAUUCCUGUUCAGUCUCAAGUGCAGACAUUGAGGCAGAGUUCCAGCGUAACCCUCAGGGCUCCAUGCACUUCACUGCAAAUGGAGAUCAGUACACCCUGAACUUCUCACGUAUGAUCCAAACCAAUCAGAGAACUCAAGCCACUCGCAAUAUCAGACGUGUGAAGCAGUGAUGCUACUAUCACAGCAGGUUUCAGACUUUUACACAGGAUAAAGAUGGGGAAAUGGUGUUUGAAUAAUGCAUGUCCUGGUGGUAAUGGUUAACAUUUAUUACAAUUUGCACACUAUUUUUUCAUGCAGCCAUUUAUAGAGACUUCAUGUUCUGUAUUGUAAAUGUGUGUGAGUGCAACACAUAAACAAACCUGUUUACAUACAAAAAAAUAGAUUUACCGAAUGAUUAUUGUGAUUGGUUUAUUUUCAUUAUGCUACUUAACCAAAAGUGAUUUAUAUUAUUCAUUUUUGGUUUAAUAGAUAACCAAAGAAAUGAGUUGACCGAAUUGAAGUCUGUUAUGGGUGACUAGAUUUCCUGUGUGAUUUUUGCAAAAGCAGUAGAAACUAUAUGAAUUGCUGAUUUGUAUUACAGUGCCUUCUUUUAUUGUAUUCUUCAUUUUUCCAUAAAUAUAAAAAUUGCUCUUGUUUGAUUAAACAAACUAUAUGAAACAAGGAA